AUGGUGCGACACCUCCUCAAUAUUAAUCAUCCUUCAGUCGAGGAAAGUAUAAUAGAAUCAACAGAUAUAUGGGCAAAAAAUCUCAAAUCUCUUUUCCACCUAGCCGCAGAUCGAUUUGGAGAUGUCAGCUGGGAAUGUGCAGGCUUGCCCGAGAAAAUAUGGGGUCAUAAGGCACCCAAAACCUUCAAGGAGCGCUAUUUCCGGUAUAACGCUCUGAACUCGUCUCCACUCGGGGUGUCAUCUACUUCACAAUCUCACCAUUCUCAGCCGUCCGUUUCGUCCCUUUACUCCCUUUAUCAAAAUCAGCAUCCGUCCGCUUCUCACACCGCACUUCCGGCCUUGGACAGGGAGAGCACUAUCAGACUCAAUCUGUUGGAGGACGACGUGUUGUUGCUAGACAGUGUGGAUAGUAUCGAGCUGUUCAGGGCUCAGCUGGAAUGGCUAUAUACCGGCGAAGGUCUGGGAGAUGUAGUUGAAUGGAUUAGUCAUAAUGGAACGGAGAGCAUUGGCGAUGAGUUAUCCAGCUUCGUUGGACGGCGAGGUGACUUCAAACAACGUCAAGAUCGGCUCAGCCAAGAUCUCACGUACAUGUGGCGAAGCAAAUUGUAUGCUGAUGUCCGCAUACAUCUGGAUCAACCCGCUACGGAAACGUCGAUUUCGGACGAUUCAGAUCACUCUGUCGAUUCCUUGUCUUCGACCGCUGUAUUUGCUUCCCAUCGAUUUAUUCUAGUCAGUCGCUCGCCUUACUUCGCUUCGGUAUUCCUCAAUACCUCAUCGUUUUCUCCUUCCUCGCUCGAUGUCCACUUGCCUGUUCCGCCGUUCACUCCAGCGUCUUUGCAUUUUUGUCUUGGAUUCAUGUAUGCCGGACAUCUGGAUUUCUCACAUCGCACCUUCGAUCUGUCAACUGCGUUUCAAAUUCAUCGUGCAGCAACAUACUUGCAACUGGAUUCCCUUGUCAGCGAGAUUGAAGCCCGGAUUGUGCAUGAUUUUUGUCACGGGCUGGAAUGGGACGCUUGCCGCUGCAAGAAGUGUAUCGCUCGUGCACCUCGGGUCUGGUCAUUUGCUUUGGCAGAUGAGGUCUGUGCUACAGCUCUGGAGCAUCGAGCGAUGUCUUAUCUUGUUAGAGGCUGGAAAGAUACGUGGGGCAGAGAAGUUGGUUUGGUCGAAGUCAAAGAAAGGCGCCGGAUGGUGGAAAGCGUCGCAGAAAUGAUCAGUCCAGUCAGUAUCACGUCGACCCUCACUUCAAUCCAUCGCAUCCGAACAAGACUAGACCUCGCAAUCAGAGCGGGAACGGCGGCCAACGACGGUUGGGUCGACGCUGUAUCUCAAAUGGUAAACGACAUUGACAGCUAUACUUCGCAUCUUAUACUCAGUCAUUUUCCAGCAGUCUCACAAAGUGUCGAACUUUGGGAUUUGGUAUCAGGGAAUUCAUUUAGCUCGGAUCUCCUGGAAGACAUUAUGGAUCGAUUAGUACAACAAUGUGGAUCACCCCAUGGAGUUCACUAUGCCCCUCUUGUCUAUCAAGCUCUCGUAUCAUCUCUUUUGAUGAAGAUGGAAACGUUUUCCAUUCAACGUGGCCUGCCCGUGAGAUCGGAAGCUCGCUCAAUCAUUGACAGCUCAAAGAGCAGGAUCCUUCAAAACAUCAGUCGCCAUUGGAUGCAGAUCAAAAACGAAGACGGUUUUCAUGCAAUUGAUACUUGGGCAAUCAAGGAAAUUAGUGAUGGUAUUUCCUAUGAAGAGCUCAUUAACAGCGGAGAUAUACCGCAUGCCUCGCGCCCCAUCUCUCCGAUUCGACCUUCAUCCAAGUUGAUGCUGCCUGCUGCCAAUGUUGUCGGAAUGCCAGAGAGUUUGGCUAGACGCUCGAAGUCAUCAACAGCCCCGAGCAGGGACAUAAGUCUAUCGGAAUCAUCUCGUUCGGCUGGCGAUCCCUCUUCUAGCACGGGAUCUGGCCUUAAACGAUUGCGACUCGGCAGUUCGGUCUCGACGACCUCAUCCGUCAACAACCUUCCGAGACCACAUCCGAGGCCACGCGAUACGAAGACCUCACAAGGGAUCACGCGCUUAAAUCGUCUCACUUCGAGUGAUGCUGUACCAUGCGACUCGCAACUCCAUUUUCCUACUGCCCAUCCUGUGUCUCCGGCUGCGAGCACUGUCAACAUCUCAAAACUCGCUGACAGUCCCCGUAUCAACCGGUCGUCUCCAGUCAGAACACUUGUCGACAACCAGAUAUCGUCAGCUUCCACGUCAGCUAAACCCCACUCACGAACAGCUACUCCCACUGCAAGUUCUCCGAGCAACUCUGCUGCUGCAGCUCGAUCCUCCACCAGAUCCCCAAACUAUAAUGUGCGCGUCCAAAAUUCAGUCUCCCAAUCUCUUCUCCCAAAAGCUCGACCGACCCCUUCUGCCAGCAAUCUACCUGAAUCUAGUUCGGGAUCCGAGUCUCUGCGCUCAUCAAGUCUGCGAUCACGAUCCUUGGUCAACUCAAAGCUCUCCGACGUGUCCAUCGACCAACGCGAAGAACGACAAAUUUAUGACCCAUCUUAUAGCUCGUCCAUCUCGAGAGAUGGGAUCACAAAUCGUGUUCAAUCUUCAGCGAUCUCGCGUAUACCUUCGGUAUCAUCUUCCGUAUCAGGUGGGACACAAGGGAUUACUUCACGCACGAUCCGAACGGCCAAUGCAAAACCUAACAUCAGGUUGCAUAAGCUUGAAACUCGCCUUUAUCCUGAAGUAUUGCCGCGCGCAGCGGCGCAGCAACGCUCUGUCCAUGCUGCUCAACGAAGUCUGAAGAAGGCCUUACCACUCAUGCAAGCUCAACGACCAGUACCGUCGGACACUGCCUACGGAGCUGCUGAUGCCUUCUCCACCAUUUCUGGUUCAAAAACAUCAUGCGAUGAUGUGCCGUGGGAUGGUCCCGGUCUUAUUCUCAACAUUGGUAUUCCGUGCAUAUCGUCACUGGCUGGAAGCCGAACCAGGUUCAAAGCAAGCAUCCGCUAUAUCGGACAUAUGCACAACUCGCAGGGUCCAUUUAUAGGAAUUGAAAUUCCUGCGGUUUCGCAAUUGGGAUUGGCAACCUUACCUUCUGGUGCCAAAGGUGGUGUAAGCUACUUUUCUCUUUCGCCUCCGGUGACUGGUGCCGCUGGCCAAACGUCGAGCACGACUCGCGUCAAACGCCUCGUAGGAAGUCAGAUUGCAUCAGCAACAUAUGCUGGGCAUACUGUCGAUUUAAAGGAAAAGGAACCUUCUGCAGUAUGGAGCAGACCAGGCUGUUCUGCUGAUCGGCCGUCAAAGGAGACCAAGCACGACGUCGGGGUCUUGUUCAUUAGACCCAGCGAAGUAGUAUUCAUCUUGAGUUCGGAGUGA